GGAGAGGGGCAGAGCGCGGUCGUCCCGUCCCCGUCACUGACGUUUCCAUCCCGUCUCCCCAAUCAGAUCAAAUCCACCAAGGAAAAAGAGACCACUGUCUUCUACAGCAUCACAGGACAGGGGGCUGACAGCCCUCCGAUCGGCACCUUCACCAUCGAGAGGGAAACUGGCUGGCUGAAGGUGACUCGCCCGCUGGACAGAGAGAACAUUCCCAGCUACCAGCUCGUCUGCCACGCAGUCGCAGCAAAUGGCCAAGAAGUGGAGAUGCCAAUGACUCUGGUGAUCAACAUCCUGGACCAGAACGACAACAGGCCCAAGUUUAUCCAGCAAGUCUUCCGGGGAUCUGUCCCAGAAGCAGCCCAGCCAGGUACCGUUGUGAUGCAGGUGUCAGCCACGGACCAAGAUGAUGCCGUGAACAGCCUCAACGGGGUUGUGUCUUACUCCAUCCUCAGCCAGGAGCCCCCAGAGCCGCUCAGAGAUAUGUUCGCCAUCGAUUCGAAAACAGGCUUCAUCUCCCUGAGCAAAGCCAGCCUGGACAGAGAGAAAGUCCCCCGGUACACUCUGACCCUGCAGGCGUCGGAUCUCGAGGGGGCUGGCCUUUCCGCCACCGCCACCGCAGUGAUUCAGGUUGCCGGCUCCAGCGAGGACCACCACACUUCCCUGAGCGUCCACGCGCUGAACGUGCUCACUGGCCUUCCUGCCACCGGCCUGGCUGUCUGCCUCUCUCAGCUCGGAGAUCCCAGCCAGACGUGGAUGGAGCUAAUGACCAGCACGACCAGCACUGACGGGCGCAUGGACAAGACUGAGCUGGCCUCCAUGCAGCUGAAGCCUGGCACCUACAAGCUGCACUUUGCCACAGGGGAGUACUGGCAGCAACAGGGCCUCACCAGCUUCUAUCCUUACGUGGAAGUCGUCUUCACAAUCCCAGCGGCGGAACGAAAGCUGCACAUCCCCUUGCUGCUCAGCCCCUAUUCCUACGUCACCUACCGAGGGAACUAGUGGAAGAGCCAGGUGCUUCCCUCCAAGAGGGCUGUCUGGAGAGUCUUUGGGAUCCUGGGUGCCCAGACGGGGCAGCACCCAAGACCAGCUGUGGUGCCAGCUCAGGGUACAGGCUUGGCUGCAAGCGGCUUUCUCCGAGGAAGCACAAGACCAAUAAAAAGAUCUACUUUGCA